AACGGCUAGAGAAGCUGCUACCCUAGCUCAUAUUCAUCUCGGAAAUCUAUACCAGCUGCUAUUUUUUUUGCACCCUUGUGAUUUUCCGUUCAAAUGAAUAACAAGUUGAAAACAUCGGCAGAAUACCCAAUUGUUUGAGCUGGUUUUCACGGAAAACUCUGAUCAUUUUUUCUUCCCCUGGAACAAUUGAAGAGAAUGUCUACUCCCAAGGCACACACUCCCACAGGGCUUCCCCGUUCAAGAUUUGGACCUCUCUCUCCUGCGCAGAGGGUUGCAAGGCCCGAUCUGGAGUCCAAGGUUCGAGUGGUGGUAAGAAUAAGGCCCUUUCUUGCCUAUGAAAUCGAAGCCGCUCAAGGGAAUCCCAAGCCCUGCUUAACCAUCACAAAACCUAACGGGAUUUUGGAAAAGGAGGAUACUUUGCAUUUACAGGAUGUGAAAACAAGCCGGAGCGAAUCUUAUAAGUUUGACUUUUGCUAUGGUCAAGAAGAUGAGGUGGGUCAAAUUUUUUUGAGAGAAGUGGAUCCAAUUCUGCCAGUGCUCUUUCGUGGCUCUAAUGCUACUGUUUUUGCUUAUGGCGCUACUGGAAGUGGCAAAACAUACACGAUGCAGGGCACUGAAGAGAGACCUGGGCUUAUGCCUUUAGCAAUGAGAAGCAUAAUUUCAAUGGCAGAGUGUACAGGCAGUACAAUUGAGAUAUCAUAUUAUGAAGUUUACAUGGACCGUUGCUACGACCUUCUAGUAGAGCAAAAGAGCAAAGAAAUUCCAGUGUUGGAGGAUUCUGAGGGCCGUGUGCAACUUCGUGGCCUUGCCCAGGUUCCUGUAAAAUCUCUUGAGGAAUUUCAAGAAGUAUUCUCUUAUGGGUGUAUGCGUCGGAAAGUAGGUCACACGGGUUUGAACGAUGUGUCAAGCCGUAGCCAUGGAGUCUUGAUGAUUUCUGUUUCUAGUGAUGAUGGGAAUCCAGAUAUGCCACUUGUGGGUAAACUCAAUCUUAUUGAUCUUGCAGGUAAUGAGGACAAUAGAAGAAGUGGCAACGAAGGCAUUCGUCUUACUGAAAGUGUGAAAAUUAAUCAAUCACUUUUUGCAUUGUCAAAUGUUAUCCAUGCAUUGAAUGCCAACGAGAGUCGAGUCCCCUAUCGAGACAGCAAGUUGACUCGAAUCUUGCAGGAUUCACUGGGGGGAAACAGUCGUGCAUUAAUGAUUGCCUGUUUGAAUCCAAGUUCAUUUCAAGAAGCAUUGCACACAGUCAGUCUUGCUGCCCGGUCUAGGCAAAUAGGAAAUCAUGUUUCAUUGGAAGGCAAACAAGAUUCCCCCAGGCCAAAAAUGGAUAUGAAUGCUAGACUAAAUGCGUGGCUUGAAGCCAAAGGAAAGACAAAUGGAAAAGCUGCAACACCAGGUUCUCUGUCUGCAGCAAAGAUAGUGUCCAAGCAAACUCCCAAUCGGUUGCAUUCAGUUUUAAAAGCACGUACUACUAAUGGUAGUGGCUUAUCAACACCAAAAGGACGAAGGCUUUUUGGAACAGCACGUCGUGUCAAAAUAGCUUCAACUGAGGAAAUUCCUGAGGCAAACUCUCCCAAAGACGGACAACAGGCUGAUUUACAGUCUUUUUCUCCUCAGAAAAGCAACAAUUGCUCAACAACAGGUGGAACGGAUGAGGCUAGCCAAUCUAAUUCCCUAACCUGUGCUCAGAGUGAUGUCGAAUAUAAUACUCUGCUUGAUGAUAAAUCUUCUGAUAAAGAGAACAGGGUGGUAAAGGAAUAUGUUUUAGAGGGCUCUUCGCCUCCAUUGAGUGCAAGACUAAAACAACUACAGAGUGCCUUUAAAGAGAUGCUAACGCCAAAAGAUUCCAGUGUAGAUCAAAUUCUUCCGUUAAAUGUUACCCCUUACAAAUCUUCUGGGGUAACAUCUUCAAAAGCAGAACAAAUAUUUCCAAGCUCCUGCAGUAAGUGUUGUGGCAUACCGUUGUCUAAUACUGAACAAACUCUUCCAAUGAAUUUUACCUCCGGUUUAAAAUCAUGUGAAGUGACCUUGGAGGCCGCAACUCCUAGUACUCCUCUGGUGGAACAGAGGGGGAUUCUAGAAGAAAAUUCUAGAACUGGAACUCCGUUAUCAAAAUGGAGUGUCCGCAGUUCAGGGUUAAAGAGGACUCUUGCCCAAGAAUAUCUAAAUUUUCUGAACACUGCUAGCAGGGAGGAACUGCUUGAGUUGAAGGGUAUUGGAGAAAGGAGAGCUGAUCAUAUUUUAGAACUGCGUGAAACUUCUCCCGAGGCCCUGAAGGAGCUCCAUGAUCUUGAGAAAAUUGGGCUCAGUUCCAAGCAGAUACAAAACAUGUUCAAGAGUACAGCUCGGCAAGUCUUUGGUUGAACGAAAGAGUUGCUCCUUGUGGUAGACCUUAUUCUCUGUACAAUAUUGUCUCUUCUAUGGCGGAACUGGCAUUCAUUAUUGAAGUAUGGGCAAAAGCUGCUUUUUCCCUUAAAAUGGUAAACAGAUGACAUGAUUUCUAAAAUUCAGGCAAAAUGUGAUACACUCGUCCUCUAAUCAUAUGAGCAAAAUGAUUCAUGUGUUGUUCUUGACACUUCUUGGGAGCUUAUUCCAUAUAGCUGCUAUUGAGCUUAAGGGUUUUCUGAAGUUCUAAUUGAAUAUGAUAAUCAUUCUUUAAAGACAUUGUGUUCUUUUAGGACUUUGGAGCUCAAAUGUUUCCUGCUCUGCAGGAUGAUAGCUCUUCUAUUGAGCUUAUUUAUCCAACAUAAUUGCUUUCUAUUGUGAGAUUUUCGAGAUUUUAAUUAAAUUGGCAUUUCAAUGUAA